AUGAACUGGAGAACAGCAAUUUAUGUUAUUUUACUGGUGAGCCUUACGGUAGUCAAAGCCCUGCCUAGAAGUUAUCGGGACAUAGAGGAAAAAAACAGCAUCGGCCAACGUUUUUCUCAGCUGCAGGAGAAUAAUUUCAAAGCCAUUGCCAUGAUCAUGUUUGCCCAAUAUGUGCAAGGAGGCACGUUCGGCAAAGCCGUUAAAAUGGCUGAAGAUGUGACAGACCUUGCCAAAAGGUGUGCUGCUGCAGCCGGAGAGAACCCGGAUUGUCGGAAGCCUUUGGACAGGAUUUUCCUCGAUACAAUCUGCCAGGAGGAACAUCUUCCCAGGUUUACUGACUGCUGUGCUAGAAAGGAUCCUGAAAGAAAUGACUGCUUCCUCUCCCUUAAAAAUGCAUCGAGGGGGUUCAUUUCCCCUUUGGAAAGGCCAAAUGCUGAAGCUGCCUGCAAAAAUCAUUCACGGCAUCAACAUUCAUUAACAGGAUACUUUAUCUAUGAGGUUUCCAGAAGGCAUCCGUUUCUCUAUGCCCCCACAAUCCUUUCUGUCGCUGUGCGUUACAACGAGAUGAUGAAGAACUGCUGCGGAAGUGCUGAAGACCCCACUCACGACCUGGAGGAAUGCUUUCGGAGACAGGCACCCAAGGUGGUGAAGCCCGUCAAAGAAGAUGGCCUGAGGCAGGAACACACGUGUGGAAUCCUGAAGAAGUUUGGAGAAAGGACCUUAAAGGCUCUGAAACUUGCUCAGAUAAGCCAAAAAUUCCCCAAGGCUGAUUUUGCUACUGUUAACAAACUUGUGAUGGAUAUUGCUAACAUGCACAAGGACUGCUGUCGUGGAGAUAUGCUGGACUGCAUGCGUGAUAGGGAAGAGAUUCUACGCUAUGUCUGCGCCAACCAAGACAUCCUAUCGAGUAAAAUCAAGAAGUGCUGUGAGAAGCCUCUGUUACAAAGAAGUGAAUGCAUAGUUAAUGCAGAAAAUGACGACAAACCUGCAGAGCUGUCCCCCCACGUCAGGGAGUUUAUCGAAGACAAAGGAAUAUGCGAACGUUUUGCCCAGGAGAAAGAUACACACUUAGCCAGGUUUCUGUAUGAAUAUUCCAGGAGACACCCUGAAUUUUCUGCUCAAAUGCUUUUAAGAAUUGGUAAAGGAUACGAGGACCUGCUGAAAGAGUGCUGCAAAGCCGGCGCUCCAGACGACUGCUGCAGCAGAGGGGAGGAGGAACUGAAGAAACAUAUUUAUGAAACGGAAAGCGUCAUGAAGACAAGCUGUGACAUUUACAAGGAGAAAGGAGAUUACUAUUUCCAAAACGAGUAUGACUUUUUUAUAUCCUUAUAGCUGAUAGAAUUCACCAGGCAAAUGACUACAAUCGGCUCCAAAUGCUGCCAGUUAAGCCAGGACAAGCUGCUGCCUUGCGCCGAGGAAAACUUGGAUCUCGUGCUUGGAGAAAUCUGUAGGAGACACCUGACCGAUCCUAUAAACCCCGGAGUUUGCCACUGCUGUAGUAGCUCCUACGCUCUCAGGAGGCCAUGCAUGGGGAAACUAGAGAUUGAUGAGAAUUACGUGCCCUUAUCCUUGACUCCUGGUCUCUUCACUUUCCACGAAGACUUGUGUACGACCGAAGAGGAGAAGUUACAGCACAAGAAGCAGGAAAUGCUCAUCAACCUCAUCAAAUACAAGCCGCGGAUCACACAGGAACAGCUGAGCUCCGUCACGGCCGCCUUCACUGCCAUGCGGGAACAGUGCUGCAAAGACGACAACCGUGAGGCGUGUUUUGUGAGAGAGGUAUCCAUUCUGUUUCCCCCCGUACAUCCUGAAUCCAAACGGAAACACGGAGCGUACGCCAGAGCGUAA